AAAUGAUCGCAUUCACAUCCACGAUACAACGCCUCAAGGCCGCUGCAUGCAUUGUUGUUGAUGGUGGCAGACAUCUUCUCAACCGUGGGCAUAUCUGUUACCCUUCCUCGAGAUGAGUCCACGAGCAUGACGCUGUCCGAGUCUCAUCACGAUAACCGUCUGAAUGUGGGCGGAAGGCCUCCAGAUUGACGCCCAACGACUAGACAACAAAGCCUCACACCAUGCCCCCUUCUUCCACUGCUUCCAUCCCACCGGACAAGGACAAGGACAUCCAGAAGGACAGGGACAGCCCUUCCGCCUCCUCCAUUUUCCUCCCCCUCGGAAGGAGAGCUCGUCGAGACUCUAAGUCAUCCUUGUCUCACGAUCUUGACCAAGAUGCCCUCAACCACGCUCUCAACAGCAUCCAUACUGCGGCAUCCCAGUCAAACCACCUGACGGUCUUCAACGACUACACCGAUCCCCCGACCGCCUCCUCUCAAACGGAGAACAAGUCUUUGGCAAGCGAAAUACAAGGAGGCAUAUCUGGCUUGUACAACAAAUUGAAGGCUACCGUGGGUGUCACCAAGGACGGCGAAGAGAACCAUCAAGAAGCAUCAUCUGCUCUUGCAGUGGGAGAUGAUCGAGCCAGCUCGAAAGUCAGUUCUGGCCUCACAUCCAAGGCGCCGUCGCCACGCCUGACAGCCUCAGACGCCACGGUUCCAACCGAUGCGGCCCUCUCGAAGGCGUCGUCAAAGGCUACUAGCAUUUCGAAACCCUCCAUACCUUCUACUCCCGCUCUUCGCUCGCCCACCGGCCCUCCCCAGCCUUCUUCUCACCUUGCUGACCCUUCGGUCACUUCGGUCAACAUCCAUGCUGUCGGCUCGGCAAAUCAUUCGAGGGCUGGCUCAGCGUUCGAGCUUGAGUCUCCCCAUGAACGGAGUUUAACAGCUUCUGCAGACAGCGAAAGUCUGCGCAAAGCCCUCUCCAAGCAGGCAACCGAGACCUCUUUUUCUGAGAGGGGGAACAAGCUGAUAACGUCGCCCCUCCUGGGUGCGAGGGGGAUGACCGCCUCCCACGAUCGAGGGCUAUCAACUGCCUCAAAUCACAGUCACUAUAGCCACGUCGAUGGUGUCGCCAGCCCGCCUUUGCUGGCAUCCCCUCAGGCGGAGCGACCAGCAGCUCGUGUAGUGAUGGCGAACAGACAGGACAUCCCUUCGCAGCAGAGGCAUACCAACCCAUUGGACCUCUUGGCUGAAAAUGCGGUCAACUCGACGAAAGGAUCGUCAUCCUCCCAAAGUAAACCUAAUGAACUCUCUGGCUUAAAAUCACCCCUGCUAUCGUCUUUGGAGCAGAGGCCGUCCGAGAAACUUGCUCCCAAAAUAAGCCAGUCAAGAUUGCCGGGGUUCUACGCCUCUCGAACGGCUUCAUCGGAUUCGUCGGUCUCUGCUGGUCUGUUGCGUGCAAAUCUGGAUCAUCUCGAUGAUGAGACGCGUAGUAUUGUCAUAAAUCGCACUCAUCAAGUAAGACCGAUCAGCAAGCUGCGCAGCAAGUUGUUGAGCAAGGAAUUCUGGAUGCGAGAUGAGAAUGCAAAAGACUGCUUCCAUUGUGGCGAGCAAUUCACUACAUUCCGACGAAAGCACCAUUGUCGCACGUGCGGUCAGAUUUUUGACAACAAGUGCACAGUUGUCAUCAGCGGGAGUCAUUUUGGAUCCAACAGUGCCGUUCGAGUCUGCAAACCUUGCGAAUCAAUCAUCACUUCCCACGACGACGACUCUUCUGAUUACUCGGCUGAGGAUCUGGCUUUGACGGAAUCGACUGCCCGGCCACGAACUCCCGAGCCCGCUCUGUUUACUCGCGGCCUCCCCCGAUUUGAGGAUGACAAUACUUCGGUCACUUCGCAGUCUUUGGAACAGAUGGCCAGGACGCCCACGAUGAGUUUUCCGGUGCGACGAGCUUUUGAUGGAGCCAACCGCAAUUCCGCCGUGCUGGAAUUUGAUACGACUGAUCGACCACUCCCUCGGCCAAGCUCUUCCAGGUCCUUGAAAGCCACUCAUUCUAUUGGCCACAGCCACAAGAGACACCACUCCAGGCACCAGCACAUACGCAAUUUCAAAGCCUACCAUGAAGACAGAGCACCUUUCCAACGUCGUGCUGCUGAGGACGGGCUCAAAGCUGGCAAGUCUUCAGCCUUCCAUCGAGAUAGCAUCAUUGACCCGGAUCUCGCACAAUAUCUUUCAGAUGACCCUUCAAGUGAGGAGGACCAGUCUAUCAACGAAGCCCUGAACCAAGAUAAAUUGUCCCGCAGCGAACCUGACAGCGACAAGAGCGCGAUAGGUGGCCUCUUGGCAGCCGUACGCAAAGGUCGUUCUCGCCUCGGGGAUCGGAGUAUCGCUGGAUUUCUCAACUUGGGAAAAGAAGCGGACGAAGUUAGUGUCAUUAGUUCUCGCAACAUUGAAGCACUCAAAGGUUCUCGGAAGCGGAACCUUAGUGUUUCAAGCAGUAUACAUCGCGGCACGCCCAGAACAACCAGGGAGCGAUUGCAAAUACUUAUUCCCGGGAAUCAAGAUGAUCAGCAAGACGGUUUAGCCGAUUCAGCAAGUAUCUACCGAGGCCGAUCGAGAAUGAUUCGAAGUGCGUCCAUGCACGGAAUGGCCGCGCCAGCCAUGGAGCUCAAUCGUGCAAGUAUCCAACAUGUGCAUAAAAUGCUCCAGCAGCUUCUCAGAGAUGCGAACAUACCCAAAGUCCAAAGUUGGGAGGAUGCUCUGAUUCCGAUCUUGCUCAAAGCGACUGACGACGUCGACCCAGAUGUUCAGGGCGGAGACGACAUAGACAUUCGCAACUACGUCAAGCUGAAAAAGAUACCCGGAGGCAAACCUGGUGACACUGCAUACAUCUCUGGCUUGAUCUUCACGAAAAAUGUGGCCUUGAAGAGUAUGGCUCGGUCCCACACAAAUCCCAAGAUUUUAAUCAUCACUUUCGCGCUUGAGUAUGCCAGGCACGAACAACAUUUUAUGAGUCUGGAUCCGGUCAUCAGACAAGAAAAGGAAUAUCUUGCCAAUCUUGUUGGCCGCAUCGCCGCUCUGAAGCCAGACGUUCUGUUAGCUCAGCGCAACAUAUCUGGCCUCGCUCUUGAGCUACUUGAAAAGGCCAAAAUAACGACGAUUUUCAAUGUAAAGUCAUCGGUGCUCGAAGCUGUAUCGCGGUGCACGGAGGCCCGCGUCGUCCAUUCUAUGGACAAGCUAACCUCCUUGUCAGAUCCAUUCGGGCGCUGCGAUUCCUUUGAAGUGAAGACUUUCGUGGCUGAUGGGCGAAGGAAAACAUACGUAUAUCUCUCGGGUUGUCCACCUCAGCUUGGGUGUACAAUUGCACUCAGGGGUGCCGACCGGCAGACCUUGUCCAAGAUCAAACGCGUCACCGAAUUCAUGGUUUACGUCGUCUAUAAUUUGAAACUCGAAACUUGUUUGAUGAGGGAUGAGUUUGCCUUGAUACCGAGCGCAUCUUCUGCAAACGCCUCUGAGACAACAGUCAAUAUCCAAGCGAAAACUGCGAUAACAGAGAAUGAAAGCCCGUCGCAAGAUGCCAACGGGAAUACGGAAAAGGGUGACAGCCAUGUCGCCGAGGCCGGGAACGUCUCGAAUGCCGAAAUCAUUGCUUUGGAAAAAGAAGUCCGUUUUGCUCAGGCAGUCAGGACGGAUAGCGCAGAUUCUGCACACAUACCAGAUGACAUACCUGUGCCUACGUUUUAUGAAGACCUGGUCCUCAAGCAUGAAACCCGCAUCCUUUCGGCCUCGCCAUUCGUCAAAUUCAUGCAGCCAUAUCUUCUCAUGCGUGCGAGAGAGUUGGAAAGACGCGUGGCGUAUCUUAAGCGGCUUCGUGAUCAGGAUCUCUCGGCUGAACAGACCAUGGAAGAUAAGGGCAAGACCUCCAAGUUCACCUUGAUCCAGCCAGAGAUGGUGCAUAGACCUCUUGCUGGGGCCGGCAAGAAGGUUCGCGAGAUCAUUCACGCGGUACACGACGCUGAGUAUGACAAGGCAGUCUACAACUACGAAAGCCAGAAAAAACAGUGGGAGACCUACCUCUCCGGAAACCGCAAUCUCUUCGACCCCUUCGCUCACCAGAACAUUGUCGUUUUGUUCAGUCUAGUUUCCACAGAGACAUCUGUUCCCUGUUCUGGCCCAGAUCUCCUUGCCUUUAGUUUCUACAACGAACAUGAGACCGAAGCCGAAUUCGAGGCGGAUUGUACUCUUGGGCAAUACGUUGAGGAUCUUUGCUACCGGGCCAAUGACAUCUGCCCUUCCGACGCCUGCGAAAAGAAAAUGCAUGAACAUCAUCGUCAGUACGUUCACGGCGAAGCGCAGAUCACAGUAUUCGUACAACCAUAUCCCUCCAAGAUGCGUGGCUUCCAGGAUGUGAUUUUGAUGUGGAGCCAAUGCAAGAUCUGCGGUGUAGAGACCACUGUUACUCCAAUGUCCACAAGUACCUGGAAGUACUCGUUUGGAAAGUAUCUGGAACUCUCAUUCUGGAGUGCAGAUCUCCACGCCCGGGCCGGUAUCUGCCCGCAUGAUCUGCAUAGAGAUCAUUUCCGAUUCUUUGGGUACAAGGACUUUGCCCUUCGAGUUCAUUACGAUCCAAUCGAUCUCCUCGAGAUCAUUGUGCCAAGGAUGAGGCUUACCUGGAAAAUCGACAACGACUUGAAGUUCCGCAAUGACUUUUACACACGCUUGGAGCAUCGCAUCACGAAGUUUAUGGUGUCUGUCAAGCUUCGUCUGAAGAACAUUAAUGCAGAGGCUGUCUUGCCAGAAACAGCCGACGCGUGUCGCACGGAGAUUGAACGACUGACGAAGAAAGCCAAUGAAGAACAUGCAAGCCUGAUUAAACAGCUUCAAGAACGAUAUACGAAUACGAGAUACUGGGAGACAAUCCCGCUUAACGCUGUUCUGCGGGCUACGCAAGAAAAGGUGUCCGAAUGGGACGAUUCGUUUGCAGAUUUCGAAAGAAAUUACUUCCCUUCGGAAACAGAUAUUCACCGACUUGCGACCCUUCAACUUAAGAAGAUCUUCCUUGAUCGCGACGUCUCGGUCUCAUCUUUGAAGUCCGAUGAUGAAGGAACGACCACGCCUCCAACGGAAGAGAUCGUUGACGAGAAAAGGGAGGCUGGAGAGACACCAACUGAGGGGCGGCGACCCAGUAAGCUUUCACCCGAGAAAACACAGAGCUUUCUUCAAAGCGUACUUGAGGAACAUGCCACUAGCCCUGCAGAAGACAUUGGCAUCUCAGCGGUGCCAGAGGUCACCAAGUCGGAUGUGCAGAGCCUCCCUUCCGUUUUGGAUGGCCCCCGCAAUGUUGAAGAUGUGAAACACCUCGAUCUGGCGGUAGCAUCUCCAGCCCAACAGGCGAUCCUUGCUGCAGAAGAUAUGACCCCGCAGAAUUCAUUGAUUUCCACCCUGGAUCACACCGGUAAUGACGAAACUUGUGGAAAUGGAAUCGGCAGUUCCAUCUCUGACAAAGUCGAAAUAUCACCAGAAACACCAGAGAUCGUUGUCUCAUCUCAACAGACCCAGCCAAUAGAUCUGCCUCAGAAUGGCGGCCAUGGCGCCUCUCCAACCAAUGUGCUGCGGAGGCGGAUAGAUGGGAAAUCCUCACCGGCGCUCGCUCGAGCUCACUCGCAGCCUGCUGGCUCUGCCGCACUUCGCUCAUCCGCUGCGCAGACAACUCCGAGUACUUUGUCGGCCGUCAAUGCGAUGAACGGCUUUCCUAAGCAGAGUCCGGCACUAUCUGCUCAUAGCAGCGAUGCCGAUCUAAACAUCCCCGAGAAAAAGCUCUCUGAACGACUGGGCUUUUCACACUUGAAGAAUAAGACGUUCUCAAAAGGUCAGUCGCUGAUCCCGCGAGCGGUCACGAACCGGAAAGAGUCUAGGGUCUCCAACCUUGCCAAACACUUUGAGCAGCUCAGUCGCGAGUUCGAGCGAGAGCGGAUCCGUGAGAGAAGACUACGCGCUGCAAGGAAUAUGCAAUCGAGAGUGUAUCCUCUGGCAGCAUCGAAACCCAUCGUGGAGGUCUUUAAGGACGUCGAUGUGGCUGUGAAUGAACGAGGUGAUUCCGAUGAUAUCUUUGGCAAGGAUGAUGAACCUCUGCUGGAGGAGACAGGCAAGACCUCAGGCACCGCCGAAGGCAUGGCCGCGAUUGGAUCACCAGAGGAAGGCGGGACUGGGCUUCAUGUGGAAGAGCCGGCAACCGACACUGCGGAGAACGACACUGACGUUCCACCUUCAAGCCAUGCGCCUUCGGAAGCUGAGGAACAGAGUGAUAUUGAUGAAGCCGAGGAAGAGAUCUUUCUGCCAGACUCGCCCGAAGACCUCAUGCGGAUGUCUCAAGAAGACAUUGAUCUCAAGGAAUUGCCCAAGCAUGAGCGGACCUCGCUGAUGAAGAUGCUAACAAAUUUCUGGGCUGAGCGGUCUUCGAGCGGUUGGACCAAUCUGGAAUAUCCUCUGGGAGCAUCUGAGCACAUCUUCGCCGAUUGCGACAUUAUUGUGCGCGAGGACGAGCCAAGUUCUAUCAUUGCCUUUGCGUUAGAUUCCCAUGAUUACACGACUAUGCUUCAAAACAUGCAGAACCGCGCUCCGCAAGAGGACGUAAUGCAUGAGUUCAGUGGCCACGACCACGCCGACGACCUGCAAUCCGAAGUCAUGCAUUCGCUCCUUCGCAAGACAGGGACUCACCUCAAAUACCAAUUCCAAGAAGGGCCGGCAAAGAUGCUUUGCAAGAUCUUCUUCGCCGAGCAAUUUGAUGCCGUGCGCAGGAAAUGUGGCGUCGCCGAUCGAUUUGUCGAAUCACUCUCAAGAUGCCUGAAAUGGGAUUCCAAGGGUGGCAAGACCAGGUCCCUCUUCUUGAAAACCCUGGAUGAUCGGUUCAUCUUGAAGUCCUUGUCACCCAUCGAAACGCAGUCCUUCCUCAAGUUCGCGCCGAACUACUUCCAAAUCAUGUCCGAGGCCUUCUUCCACGAGUUGCCCUCGGUGAUUGCGAAGAUGUUUGGCUUCUACCAGAUCAUUGUGAAAAAUUCUGCCACAGGUCUCGAGUAUAAUUGGUUUCUACUCGUGAUGGAGAAUCUGUUCUAUGAUCGCGUCCCGACACGCAUCUUUGACUUGAAGGGAAGCAUGCGAAACCGCAAGAUGAACGCCACAGGCGAAAAGGGCGAGGUUUUGCUGGACGAGAACAUGGUGGAAUUCAUCUAUGAAUCACCCCUCUUUGCUCGCGAGCAUAGCAAGAAACUUUUGAGGUCCUCUGUCCACAACGACACCCUAUUCCUUGCGCGCCAAAACGUCAUGGACUAUUCGCUCAUGGUCGCCAUCGACGAGAAUCGGAAAGAGCUUGUCGUGGGUAUCAUUGACUGUAUACGCACUUAUACAUGGGACAAGAAACUCGAAAGUUGGAUCAAAGAUCGUGGCCUUGUCCCAGUCCGUGGCGGAAACAAGAACAGGCCAACAGUGACAUCCCCCCGAGAAUAUAAAAGAAGAUUUCGAGAGGCCAUGAACCGGUAUGUCUUGGAGGCGCCCGACUGCUGGCAUCAGUUCAAGCCGGUGAGAAUGGAGAGGCGAUUGUUGGAAGGGAGAGGUGAGAAGGAUCUCAGUGGAGUAGAUGGAGGAAGGGAUCAGGAUGGGGAGAAGGAGAACGAAGUAGAGCUUUUCUCUUAGAGGGUAUUGGGUUAGGACACGUCUGAGGGCCAUGAUGCCAGACAUUGGCGAGGCUGAAACUGAGGUUCAUAUAACUACAAGGAGAGCCACUGUCAUCAGUAUUAGCGACGGGCGCCGGUCUUUAUUUUGGGUACGGCAAUGAUAUGAUGAUACUGCCGCCUAUUUGGUUGGCCUGGCUAAGAGAAUCUCGUUCCUUUGGUUUCGAUUUGAUCCAACAACUCGGAUAUAUGAUGACUGUAUGGAAGCC